AUGAGCAGCGACACCGAUGCAAAGUUGAGCGACGAGGAAGCUCUCUUGCUGGUUGUGGCCCACCGUGCCGAAGAAGCUGCUCGGCAGCUUCGACCUCCAGCCAAUUCCCAACCAGGAGAGGACGCAGAAAAAACGGGAGAAGCACAAGGAGGCGAGACAGACGAGGAAGAGGAUAACUUGAUGGAUAUUGUGGCCAAACGGGCGGACAAUGCUCGUCAGGAAAUUCUAAUUGAUGAAUCAGAGAACCAGGACUCAGCAUCAAAGGCCAAUGAGGCUGCUGAAGAUACCGUGGAAAAGACACUGGAUGGCGAGACACCGGGUGACGAGAAAGUGGAGACAGAAGAUGACUUGAUGGAUAUUGUGGCCAAACGGGCGGACAAUGCACGUCAGGAAAUUAUGAUGCAAGAGGAGUUGAGUCAAGAGCAGAACCAGAAAGCGCCGGAUCUCUCUUGCUCACAAACCAGUGGCACUGUCGAAGACAUUUCCGAAGAGACAUCCGAAGCAGAAAAAGGUCUGGGAGUACAACUAGUACAACAACAAGAAGCCCCAGAGGCGCCACAGAUGGAGGUCGAUGUACCGUUCACCAAUCCUGUCCGCCGUCAACAAGCCAGGACACCAGCCUCCCGGCCCGGAGCCUACGCCCUUGGACCCAAUCGGCCACCAACGCAGGAUCUGGAACCGCCAAUGCUGGUAGAAGAUAGUAGUGCCAGCAACAGUACCCUGUCAAAUAUUAAUGAUGGACUUGUGGAAGCAAGAAUGAUUCUCAAGAUUUGGAAGCCGCAACUCCAGUGA